AUGAAGGAAGAGACGCACGAAGCCAUAGCGACAGAUGGCGUUGACGAUGCUGCCAUCGAUGCGGGCGAGCCAGAAGAGGGAGGGCUUCGUGCAUGGCUCACCGUCGUCGGCUCGGCGCUAGUCUACUUUGCUUCAUUCGGUUUCAUGAACAGCUUUGGUUAUUUCCAAGACUACUAUCAAGCUGGUUACCUGUCCAACUACUCUUCCUCUACCAUUGCCUUCAUCGGCACCCUCCAGAUCUCCCUCAUGUACGUCGUGGGUCCUGUUGCAGGCGCCCUUUUCGAUGCCUAUGGGCUGAAGUGGCUCUAUCCGGCCGCAGCUCUGGGCUGCUGCGGCUCCCUCAUCGGCCUUUCUUUCUCGCAGCCGGGGGCCAUAUGGCAACAGUUUCUCUCCCAAGGUGUCCUCUUCGGCCUGACGGUGGCAUUUGGCGUCCAGCCCGCCCUCGCCGCAGCCGGCCAACACUUCAAACAACGCCGGGCUCUGGCCAUGGGCGUAGUCGCCGGUGGCAGCAGCAUCGGCGGCGUCUGCCUGCCCAUCAUGUUCUCGCGCAUCGUCCCAAAGAUCGGCUUCGGCUGGUCGGUCAGAGUCGCCGCGCUGAUCUUCCUGUGCUGCUACCUGGCCGCCAUCUGCAUUUCACGGGCCAAGCCCGUUCCCAAGAAAGCCCAAACCGCCGCCGCCGCGGUUUCAAACGGCAACCUCCUCGACUUCAACGGCUUCAAGGAUCCCAGAUAUCUUACGUUGGCAGUCGGAAGCUUCGUCGCCAGCCUGGGCUUGUACGUCCCAUACUACUACAUCGAAUCCUACACCGUCCUCGCCCACCCCACUGCCCACAUCCACGCCUACCUCCUCCCCCUCAUAAACGGAUCCUCCUUCUUCGGCCGCAUCCUCGGCGGCCUCCUCGCCGACCGCGUCGGCCGCCUCAACCUCCUCUACCCGAUGACCAUCGUCUCGGGCGUGUUCUGCCUCGCCAUGUGGCUGCCGAGCUCCAACGUCGCCACCAUCAUCGCCUUCGUCUGCCUGUACGGCUUCACGUCGGGCAUAUUCAUCAGCGUGACCCCCGCCGUCGUGGCCCAGAUUUCGCCCGACGACCGCAUCGGGGCCCGGAUCGGGGCCUUUUUUACAUUGGCGGCGGUGGCGACGUUGGUGGGGACCCCGAUUGCGGGGACCUUGGUGAGGGGCGAGGGCGGCGAGGAGCGGUAUCGCGGGUUGAUAUUGUUUGCCGGGCUGACGCUGACGGUUGGCGGGGUUCUCUUACUUUUUGCGAGGGUCUUAAGUGAGAGGGAUUUACGGAGGAAGUGGUAG